AUGUUUGAUCCCAACCCACACUACUCGUCCCGACAGUCGACUCGUGACCGAACCCUCGACCAGCAGUGCACUGUCACCCGGCCCGGGGUGUCGAUGUUGGCUUCAGCACUGGCCGUAGAGCUCAUGGUAUCUGUAUUACAGCACCCAUUGCGAGGGGCGGCGCCGGCACUUGUAGUCAGCGGCGACUACAUGGAUGAGGUAGACAGCGAUGCGGAGACAGCCCUGGGAUUAGUGCCGCACCAGAUCCGGGGCUUUUUGUCCCGUUUUCAGCAAUUGAUGAUCACUAGUGAACGGUUCACUAAAUGCAGCGCCUGUUCCCAAGCCGUGAUCGACGCUUAUAAUGAAAUGGGUUUUGAGUUUCUGUUCAAUGCGUUCAAUGAUAGCAAUUAUAUCGAGUCGUUGACGGGUUUAACACAAUUACAUAACGAGACACAACUGUCCGACAUAUGGGUAUUGAGUGAUUCCGAUGAGGAUUAGCGCAGG